AUGCCGGGCCCGCAUAGACCAAUCGGGCCUCCUAUGCAACAAGGGCCUCCAAUGGUUCUAGGUCCACCAAGACCGCCAGGACCUCCAAUGCCACCAGGGCCGCUUGGACCCCCAGUGUUCCCUGGAGCACCACCGAUGCCAGGACCACCCAUACAACCGGGGCGGCCUCCAUGGCCGGGAGGACCACAAAUGCCACCAGGGCCGCCAUUCUUUCCAGGACCCCAGUUUCCUAGUCCUCCGAGGCAACCGAACGUUGAGGAAGAAGAACCGUGUGAGCCAGAAGAGACGGUCACCACCACUCCCAGACCAAGGACGAAAUGCACGACUCUCGUGCAAUCGUCUUGCUUUGAGGUCGACGGUCAAGGAUUACCGCUGAAAGGCUUUAGAGCUGCAACAUCGGGAAGGGCUGAGAGUAUGAACCGAAACGCCAUAACGGCCAAAAGGUUCGACUCGAAAGCGUACUUCCGGAAGCGUCCGGUUGUUACCGCUAAGCCUCCCGCAAAAGGUGGUGGAAAGAACAACGCCAGUGAAACGGACAUCAACAGAAAUGAAGGCGACGACAUUAAUGCGAACGAUUCCAGCUCAGUCGGACGGAAGAUCUUCGGCAGCAAAAGUUUCUUCCGUGGAAGACCUGGGGAGUCAGAUUCGAGCAACAAAACAUUUGGAGAGAAGGCAUUUUUCAGAGGCAAGAGCUCAGGCGGUUUGUUUUCCGGCGGAGCCUCAGGCAAAUUUGCAUGUGCCAUUUACGGUUCUACGAUACCUAUUAUCCUAGUUGUCUUGGUCGUCUUUUGGUACCACUGGCGAGAACGCAAGAUUCGAAGGGACUACCGGCUUUUGGGGUCAUUCCAUGACUCACGGUACCCUGAAUUCCACUUUGAUCCCGACUGCGAUGAUUGUGACUACAAAAAGGCCCAAAAGCUACGUGAACCCGUGAAGACCUGA